AUGAGCCCAAGCAAACGUGUUGGUGGUGCGGCUGAACCAGCUGCACAUACCGUGGUGGUCGACGACCAUCACCUGGAAGAAAAGUCGGCAGCGCCCUCGGAGGCGAUCGAGAAGAUGCUAGCCAUGCUAGGAGACCUGUCCGAAAGGAUGAACCGGAUGGAGGUCUCCCAGAGAGAGCAAGGCGGCAAGAACUGGCAGGGCUCACCCGAGUCGAGCAUGGCCAGUCGGCAACAGGAGGUCGGGGCAGGGAUUAAUCUCCAGACUUUGGACCGUACCCCUCCUAAGGAAUCCCCAAACGUGUCACCAGCAACCUAUUUCGGCAUUCGGCGACAACAACAGGCAGGUGUUGAAGGUCCUCACGCGAGAAAAGCAGAGGAAGGAGUCAACAUGGGUCAGGCACCCGUCCCUGGGAUAUACCGGGCAGGUUUACCUGAAGGACGCUACCCCGGUAUGGGUAUGCCUAACGGGGGGGGGUGUUUACCCUGGGCAGCCGGGAGUCGGUAUGCCGGACGCGCAACAGCAGAAGCUGGCGUUGCAACCUUUCGACGGAAAGGAGCUCUACCACGGCCUUGGCUGUGGAUUCAGGGAGUUGGGCAAGGAAUUUGUCCGCCAAGUCAGGUUCGCAGAGCGUGCAUGUGGUUUCGUGUGGCUGGAAAAUAUCAAGGUUGA